ACUCAAUUGAAAUCUACACAAUGUCUGGAACUAAUGUCACCUUCAUUGGCCUCGGCAACAUGGGCCGGGGCAUGAGCGCCAACAUCGCCAAAAAGGGUCCCCAGGCUAGCCUUACCCUCUACAACCGUACUGCUGCUCGCGCAACCGCCCACGCCGCCACACUAGAAGGCAAUGUGAAAGUCGCAGCCACCCUCCCCGAAGCCGUGAAGGACGCAGACAUCAUCUUCAUCUGCGUUGGCGAUGACGCAGCCCUGGACUCCAUCACAACCGGAAUCCUGGCCGAUAACUCAAUUGACUUCAGCAACAAGACAGUUGUCGAUUGCUCAACCGUGCACCCCGACACAUCACGCCGCACAGAAGCAGCCUACGAGGCACGCGGCGCAUCCUUCGUCACAAGCCCCGUCUUCGGCGCACCCAACAUGGCAGAUGUUGGUGGUUUGAUCGUCGUGCCCGCAGGUAAACAAGCUGCCAUCGCGAAGGCACGCCCAUUCUACGAGGGUGUUACCGCCGCGAAGUCGAUUGAUCUGUCUUCUGGGACUGGAGUUGAUAUCGAUGUUGGACGCGCGACUACCAUGAAGGUUAUUGGAAACACCUUUAUUCUCAAUACCGUUGGAGUGCUUGCUGAGGCGUUGACUGCUGCUGAGACUACGGGGCUGGGUGUUGAGCCUUUGAAGGAGUGGAUUGAGUUAUUUGCACCGGGGCCGUUUGCUAAGUAUGCUAACCGGAUGGUUUCUGGUGAUUACUAUACUCGCGAUGAGCCUUUGUUUGCUGUUGAUCUUGCCCGGAAGGAUUUGAGACAUGCUUCGAAUUUGGCGAAGGAGGGUGGACAGCGGAUGCGGAAUGUGGAGGUUACGGAUCAUCUGUUGUCUGUUGUUAAGGAGGAGAAGGGUGUAAAGGGUGACAUUGCGGGUGUUUAUGGUGCUGCGCGGAAGGAGGCUGGAUUGGAGUUUGGUAACCAGAAGUAA